UAGACCGCCGCUCUACACGGCGCCGGCGCCGCCCCCGUCGGGUGUUUGUGGUGGGGCUGCGGAGUCGCCGAUCCCGCCGGAAGCGCCAGGACAAUGGGGACCCGGGACGAUGAGUACGACUACCUAUUCAAAGUGGUGCUCAUCGGGGACUCGGGUGUGGGCAAGAGCAACCUGCUGUCCCGCUUCACCCGCAACGAGUUCAACCUGGAGAGCAAGAGCACCAUAGGCGUGGAGUUCGCCACACGCAGCAUCCAAGUGGACGGCAAGACCAUCAAGGCACAGAUCUGGGACACAGCCGGCCAGGAGCGCUACCGGGCCAUCACCUCCGCGUACUAUCGUGGUGCAGUGGGUGCCCUACUGGUGUACGACAUUGCCAAGCACCUGACCUAUGAGAACGUGGAGCGCUGGCUGAAGGAGCUGCGUGACCAUGCCGACAGCAACAUUGUCAUCAUGUUGGUGGGCAACAAGAGCGACCUGCGCCACCUGCGGGCUGUGCCCACCGACGAGGCCCGCGCCUUUGCAGAAAAGAACAACUUGUCCUUCAUUGAGACCUCAGCUUUGGAUUCUACCAACGUAGAAGAAGCAUUCAAGAACAUUCUUACAGAGAUCUACCGCAUUGUGUCACAGAAGCAAAUCGCAGACCGCGCAGCCCACGACGAAUCCCCCGGCAACAACGUGGUAGACAUCAGCGUGCCGCCCACCACCGACGGCCAGAGACCCAACAGGCUGCAGUGCUGCCAGAACCUGUGACCACCCAGCACCUCUGCCCAGCGUGCGUGCGUGCGUGCUCUCGCCCUGGCCCACCUCCCUGUCCUCCCCGCCCUUGCCCCUGCGCUCCGGGACUGGCUCGCUCUCACCUUCCAAGUGAGCUCCUUAUGCCAGCCAGCCUAGCCCAGGAAGAGCAGGGGUCCUGCCUGAAGGGAGAAGCUAGCAGCUCCUGCUUGUGCACCUGGUCUCACAGGGUGCCGGUGAGCAUCUUGGUGAGCGGGGAGGUUUGGCUGGAUGGACCGGGCGGGCCACAGGCAAGGAGGAUGAGAGGAUGGAGCCGGCUUCUCCUGUUUUCCACGCCGCACUCAAGGGAAUGGCACCUCCUUCCUUCUCUGGCCAGCAGGCCCUGCAUCCCUACCCAGACCCUCUUCCAGGCAGCCUGAAGAGCCAGGCAGCAGGGGCUGGGCAGGCAGACACUCUGGGCUCUGCAUCCCGCACGCACAGCCAGCGCCAGCACGGCCUCCAGCGCUCUGGCCUGCACCACUCUGCUCCCGCCUGUCUGUAGAUUUUAUGCUGAGAGAGACCCUCCUCUUCCUCCUCCUCUUCCUCCUCCUCUUCCUCCCCCUCUUCCUCCCCUUCCUUGUCUCCCUCUCCUUCCCCUCCUCAUCCUCUGCACGCAGCGCUCUCCUCUGACCCCCUUUUCCCCCAAUCUCUGUCUCGUCUCCCUCUAUGGUCAGGAACCUGUUGGCAAGUGAAGCAAUAUCUCCGUGUUUUGUAUAUACAACUGCUCUUGUAGCCUUUGGUUUUUGUUAUUGUAGAGAAACACAGAUUCUUUAUACACUUUGUAAGAUUUACGCCAAACCCCAGCUCUCGAUCUCUUAUUCUCCCUGUGGCCCCUGCACUGUUGCCCAUUACUAAAAUGUAUGAGCCGACUUCCUGUA